AAUGGCCACUCACACUGCUUCAAAGCUUUCUCUCCUCACGUUUCUAACAGUUUCAUAUCUCAUAUCGACCGUCCACAUCAUCAUCAUCGCUGAGGCAAGAAAUCUACUCACCGCAACGGUGGCUGCCGAUCAUUCCGGCGCAGGGAACCUAAUAGAAUGCUGGAACGCGGCCUUGGAGCUUAAGUCUUGCACCGACGAGAUAGUCAAGUUCUUCAUUAGCCGUAACGGUACGGCUGAACCGGGUGUAUCCGCUGGAAUUGAUAAAGAUUGUUGCGGAGCUAUUGGGUUGAUUGUGAAAGAGUGUCGGUCCGUUAUGUUUACUUCUUUAGGGCUUACCACUAUGGAAGGGAAUAUGAUUAGUGAGUAUUGUGGUUUUCAGGCAGAGAAGCCGAUAUUCUCCCCGUCUCCGUCGCCGGAAACUCUGGUUUUAUCUCCGGUUUAAGUUAAAUAUCCGGGACUUGAU